AAACACCAUGUGAGGCCCGGUACUAUAUAACACGAGACGCAGGCCUCAGCUGCUUCGACCUGACCACCUCCUUCCAACUCCACCCACACAUCCCCAACCAUGGUGCGCACAACCGCCCUGCUCGCCGCCGCGGCUGCCCUGGCCCUCAAUGCGCAGGCCGAGAGCAUGUACCCCAAAAAGUCUAGUGUCCUCUCCAUCAACGGCCCAGACUACGACAGGGUCAUUGCAAAGUCAAACUACACCUCAAUUGUCGAGUUCUACGCGCCAUGGUGUGGCCACUGCAAGAACCUCAAGCCCGCCUACGAGACGGCUGCCAAAUCGCUCGCGGGAAUUGCCAAGGUCGCCGCCAUCAACUGCGAUGACGAGGUCAACAAGCCCUUCUGUGGCCAGAUGGGCGUGCAGGGCUUCCCCACCCUCAAGAUCGUCCGACCAGGCAAGAAACCAGGCAAGCCCAUAGUCGAGGACUACCAGGGCGCGCGCUCAGCCAAGGGCAUCGUCGACGCCGUCAAGGACAAGGUCCCCAACAGCGUGAAGCGCAUCAGCGACAAGAAUCUGGAAGAGUGGCUGCAGGAGAACAAGGACAGCGCCAAGGCCAUCCUGUUCAGCGACAAGGGUCUCGUCAGUGCGACACUCAAGGCGCUGGCCAUAGACUUCGCCGGUUUGGUCUCCGUUGCGCAGAUCAAGAAGUCGGACAAGGUGGCCGUCGAAAAGUACGCCAUCACAAAGUACCCGACCUUGAUCCUCCUGCCCGCUGGCUCCGAGGACCCCGUCACAUUCGAGGGUGAGCUGCAGAAGGAGUCCAUGGUCAAAUUCCUCUCGCAGGUCGCAGCGCCAAAUCCAGACUGCCCACCGCCCAAGGAGAAGAAGCCAAAGGCAAAGAAGGACACCAAGAAGGAAUCCAAGUCCUCGAGCAAGUUUUCCAAGGCUUCCGCUUCUCACAAGUCUGCAGAUGCAUCUUCAGCCGCUGCAUCAGCCACGGACGAGACAGUCGUGGAGCCCGUCGUCCCAACCGAGUCUCCAGCUGCCAAUCUCAAAGACGAGGAUACGCCUGAACCAGUCGCCAUUCCCAACGAAGAACUCAAGCCUACGAUUGACGUCCUCGCUGAAGCUGCAGAGCUACACGCACAUUGCCUAAACAAGAAGAGCAAGACAUGCAUCCUCGCCAUCUUGCCCAAGGACGAAUCAGCUGAUGCUGCCAAGACUGCUCUCGCAUCACUCACUUCCAUCCACAGGAAAUACGAUGUCGUCGGUGCUCUCCUCUUCCCCUUCUUCGGCGUCUCAGCAUCCAAUCCUCUGGCUGCAUCACUGAUCUCGGGGCUGAGCCUAGGAAGCGAAGACAACGUCUACUUGAUUGCGACCCAUGGUAAGCGCGCAUGGUACAAAUACCAAGGCACCACCUUCAGCGCCGCAGAGGUCGAACAGUGGGUCGAUGCCAUCCGAAUGGGAGAUGGUAAGAAAGAGAAGCCCGUAGAGUCUCUCCUGGUAAGUGGAGAGGCGCAAGAGGCCGAGGGAGAAAAGGCCGCCAAGCAAGAUCCCAUCAAGAUCGAAGUCGAGGAGAUCCUUGAAGAGGAGACACAGCACGACCACAACGAGCUCUGAGCGACGUAUCGAGAGAUGAGUGUGUAUUUAGCGAGUUGUAUUUCGAGCUAGGCAAUUACCAACGUUUGAGAGCAUCUAUUCCGUCUUUCAUAAGUUGACUCGAAUCAAGUCGUGUGCUUACCCAAGACAUGACCACGCACAUGCGGUCACAGCAGUCACAGCAGACACCCACGCGGCAGUAUAUGAAUGGUCGUCAUUAGACCAAGACCCA